GCCACAAUGUCUCCUCUCAGACACGUCUUCGCCUGUUUACUUCUCUCGGCCUCCCUCUGUCAGGCAGCAGCCGGGGGACAGAGGGCCACCACAGCCAAAGGCGGAGUCCUGCAGCCGUGGCUGGUCGGCCUGGCUGCCGUCGUCGGAUUCCUCUUCAUCGUCUUCGUCCUGCUUAUUGUGAAACGCCUAUUUUUCACAAAAGAGCGCUCCAGAGAGGAAGAGAAAGAGGAAGAGAAAGAUGAAGAGAGGAGGCUUGAGGAGAAGAUGAGAAAGAUGGAAGAUGUUGAAGACAGCUUACAGACCAGCUUUUAGACUGGAACGUUUUGGAAGAAGAAGGCCCUCCUGUGGAAAUCUCUCAGUUGUUUGUUCUGUACAUAAAUUAUAACUCCUCUUUGCAUAAAAUAUAAUGUAUUGUUAAUCUGGGUACUUUUCUUAAAACGUUUUCCCACAAAUUGGAAAGCACCGUUUUUUCAGGGUUGAUUACUAGCACUGGUUUGCUGCUGGACUUUCACUGUGAAUCAAACUUUCAACCAUAAAGACCUGCAUUUCUGACCCUGAUACUAAAUCUGAGCAAAAGUCCUCUGGCUAAAGAAAAUAUUUAUUUAGUCUUUUUUUUUUCUUUCUUUAAUCUCAUUUUAGUUGUAGUUCUUAGCU